AUGAAUGGAGUACGAAGCAAUUGGGAGGUGGAUGCGUUGCUAAGGCAACAGAAAGAGAAGCUACAAAGCAAACGUGCACAGAGAGCAGAGGCACGUAUGCGACAUGAGGCAGAAAAGAAACUACUAAAGAGCCAGUGGUGUUGCCUCCAUAGGUUGAAGUUUUUAUUGGAGGAGAACAAGCGACACAAGGCUGCCAACGCUCAGUUGGUCCGGCAGACGAAUCAACAGCAUCGGGAGAUGGAGGCUGCUCUAGCCGACAAGCGACUGGAGCUUGCAAUCGAACAGCACAAACGUAAAGAGCGAGAUGCCGAGACAGCCAAAGCGAAUGCGAAUGCGCAAGUACCAACAGAACAAGUAGAUGUUGCUGAUAACGGUCUGCAGGAAGACGAAGAAGCGCCACGGUUUACGUUACAGGAGUUGUCGGAUCGGAUACGAACAGAGGAGCGCAAUAUUCGGACAUACCACCGGAAGAUCACAAAUACGAAGGAGAAUCUGAGGAAAAACAAAACCGACCUGCAGCAAAAGGAGUUAAAGUACAACGCAAUCGUUGCACAGAGAGAUGAGAAGGAAAUUCGCCGCCAAGAACUCGAGGUCAAAAUAAGCUCGCUCAGGAAGGAACUCGGAACUUAAUCCUGAUAAGACGGCAUACCGGUAUUCGAAAUGUGGA